CUGGUGAUGCUUCACUAGAGCAGCUAGCCCCAGUCACUUCAGAGGUGGUUUGUUGGUGGGGGAUUGUUGGGUUUCAGUGCCAAAUUCUGAUAGUGAUUGGAUUGCUGUAGCUUCUUUGUUUGGCUGUGUUUAGACUGCAACAUGCGGAGGCUUGAGAACAUUUUGAUAUGGAACUUGAUGGCUGCAGUAAUCAUCUUGGGUCAAGCAAGGCCAAAUGUGAAGCUCAAUUCACAGUCAAGCAGUGGUUUAAGGUCAGACUGUGUGGGUAAUCUAAUGAGGCUGUCGUUGGAUAAGGCUCUUGCAGUGGGGAACCAGCUCGAGGUGGAAGCAAUCAAUGGCACCCAGCACAUCGUGUUAACACCCACCUUGGCUGCUCAGUGUGGAUACAGUAUGGAGUCUGACCCUUGGGGUAACACCAGAAUCUACACCUCCCUAUUGGCCUGCUAUGUGGACAACAAACAAGAUACAACAUUUAAUAUUGGCCUGAGACUUCACAUGUACAGCAAGAAUCCAUCAGAUGUGGUUAGUCAUGAUGUGAAACAGACUUGCAGCUACACUCGGUGGGCCUCCAGAGAGAUUCUCUGCGACAGGAACUACAUGGAAGUGUCAAACUACAUGGCGACACCUGAUACCAAGGGACAGGUUCAAGAAGAAACCUCUAAGAGCAAUAUCAUUCCUGAUGCCUCUGAUGCAGCACAAGGUAUCUGGAAGAUUACCUUUUACACUCCAGAACCAGUGUCAAUGGUACUGAGGGAGGCUGAACAAGCUGGCUACAGUGCCAUGACUACCUCAAAUCGUCUGGUUAUGCGAAGCCCAUACACUACAGCAGAGACUUAUUCAGAGGAUGUGGCUGGAGUCCCCAUGGAUGUUUUCAGGGUGAGUGCCUACUAUAAGGCACCACAUGGUUUAAGUGUGGUGGAGUUGGCAGCUGCUUGUCCCACAGGUGGUGUCCUCAUCAAUGAGGAUGUAAUCUCUUGGCACGUGCCUCGCCGUGUGACUCCUCUGAUAGAUGGCAGUUUUAAAAUCCUAGAAAUGCACAUGGGCAUCGACGGGAAGAAGCUGGAUAAAUCUCAGAUGGCCACACGGGGGUAUACACUCUCUGCCACAGACUUCCACAUCAUCAUUGAGAUCCCAGUGGGCUCACCUGAUGGUUACUACAAGAGCCAUGCCCCAGAUUACCAGUACCACAUCACCUACACUGUGGAACCCAUGCUUGAGGUACUAUGGAGGGCAGAUAACACCCAACUUGAUACCAGAUACAAGGUUUUGUUUCCGAUUACCACUCCUCUGAUGCCUCGCCCUCCCCACAUACAAGAUGAUACUGUCCCAGAGGACCGGGUGUUCAAAGUUCACUCAAGAGCCUUCCUUCAUGACGUGGAGCUGAGGAACAUAACCUUCUCCACUGGGGUUCUCACUGUUGAGGAGUGCAAUGACAGAGGCUUCACCAUCAAGGAGCACAGCUUCACCGAUGGCACCAAGAGCUUCUCUAUCAAAGUGCCCUUUGAUGCCGACGUUGUUGUGAAACAUAAUCCUGAACCCUUGGUUACAGCCUACAUCCUCUCUCUGAUCUUUGGGUUUCUCAUCUUGCCUGAAGAGAGUCCAUUUGCCCACCCAGUGGAGUUGCAGGCAUCUCUGCAGGAUGUUGUGCUACCCACCAUCACUGGCACAUGUGACCACAACCAGUUUUACAUCCGCGUGACAUACGGGAGUCAAAGAAACUUUAAGACUAGGAUUGGACUUCAAGAGCUAACACCUGAGCUGGCUGAGGGCUACAAUUUCCAAGAGAACAACACACACUUCAGCCUCAUAGUGCCAUACAAUGCCAUGGACACAGCAUUUGAGCUUAUUACCUCAGAGUCAGUCAGAGCCAGAAUUGAUGUGCUUCUACUUGAUCCCAACAACUGGCUGCUUGCCGAUCUCUACCUGGCCUGCAACUUCCCCUUGACAACAACUAAGUGCUACCCCAAUGGAACAAUGACUGCUCUAGCUGUGAAAGUGGAAUCAGUGUCCAAUCUCAAUCCAAGCUGGUUGACUCUAAAGGACCAGUCCUGCAAACCAGUGUUCAGCGACAAUCGCUUCGCAUAUUUCACUUUCAGUGCAGAUUCCUGUGGGACCACUAGAACAUUCUUUGACAACUACAUGCUGUAUCAAAAUGAGAUUGGCCUGCACUACAACAAAGGAGCAGCCUACACAUCACCAACUGAACCAGAGUACAGGCAAACCAUUUCCUGUUACUAUGUGGUCAAUGAGACACAGACUGUUGCAUUCAGCUAUAGUCAAAGACACGCUGACCCCACAGCAGAGGUUGGCUUUGGGCAGCUGAUAGUGCAAUUGAGACUAGCCGAAGAUUCAUCAUACAAUCACUUCUACCAAGCAGAAGACUAUCCAGUAGUGAAAUAUCUGAGGCAGCCUCUGUAUUUUGAGGUAGAGCUGAUGCAGUCUACUGACCCACAGUUGGCACUGAUCUUGAAUAACUGUUGGGCCACUCUUCAUGAAGACAGGACCUCUCUGCCCAGCUGGGACAUCAUUGUGGACAGCUGUGAGAACCGUGAUGACAGCUAUGCAACAAUCUUCCAUCCUGUUGUGAGCGACACCAGAGUUACUGUCCCAUCCCACAUCAAACGCUUUUCUAUGAAGAUGUUCACCUUCACUAAAGAAGAGAUCCUGAAAGAUGAGAUUUAUGUCCACUGUGAUGCAAUGAUUUGUGACUCCAACAUCAAAGAGGACAGUGCCUGCCAUGGCCAGUGUAUGCAUCCUGCAGGCAUGAAUAACUCUAGACCUCAAGGAGUAAGGAAGGUCUGACUUUUUUCUUUUCCAGAGAAAAGAAGUACAUACUCACCCCACCAAAGGCAUAUCUCCUCUGGACCCAUUCUUCUGUUAAACACUCAGUCAAACCUCUGAAUAAAAAGUUUCUUAGAA